AUUUGAGAGGGAUGAGUGGCGGUGCGGGCAAGUCGCAUAAAUUCGGGCUGGCGACGAGAACGAGUAAAUGGACGGCGAUGAGGCACGCAAAUACUCGUCAAGCUGUUCACGACGGAGUGCAUCGACGGCUUUCCCUGCCAUGCUGGUUUGUGCGAAAACCGUGUGACGCUGACUGGCUCGUGAGUGGUGCAUUGCUGGAAAAUGCGGUGCGAUGGCAACGACAGCACUGCGUGGGCUCAUCUCCCUGGUCCUUGCUGUCAAGGAAAUCGUCCACCCCUGGUCAGAUCGACGGCGCCGAUUCCAGCAUUUGAACAUCCAACGAAGACCGUUCAGCCGAAACGAAAGCCCACAAGAGAAACCCCUCGGACUGCACCAACCACGACACGAGCAAGACAUCCUCUCAUGAACAGUCAACAGCAACACCACACCUGGUCGUUUCGGUAAUUCUAGCACACGCACGAUAUAGGGAAAGUACAUCCACGCUCAGUAUUAGGGUCCCCGCUAUUACGUACGGUCAGUGGAACGCUAUAGACCAUCAUUAUUAG